CCUCGUUCUCCUCAGGUUCAACGCGACAUCACGGCUGAGCAGCCGCUCCUGCUAACCAUGAGCAACCUCUACGUCACCGAACCACCGACGCAGGGCAAGAUCCUCCUGUCGACUUCGCAUGGCGACAUCGAGGUCGAGCUGUGGGCGCGCGAGACUCCCAAGGCGUGCCGGAAUGUUAUUGGCUUAGCCCUCGAGGGCUACUAUGAUGAUAUGCUGUGGCACAGGAUCGUGCCAGGAUUUUGUAUCCAGACGGGAGAUCCGACGGGGACUGGUACGGGAGGCGAAUCCUUCUAUGGCGAGCCAUUUGCGGAUGAGCCCAAUCAGCGCAUCAAAUUCAACCGCAGAGGCCUCGUAGCCAUGGCCAAUCCAGGCGAGCGGGAUCAAAAUGAGAGCCAAUUCUUUAUCACCCUUGACUCGACGCCCGAGCUCCAGAACAAACAUACCAUCUUCGGUCGCAUCAGCAAUGCCACAAUAUACAACGUCCUCUCCCUCUCGGAAGUCGAGCUCUCCACCACAGAACCGGACCGACCCGUCUUCCCUCCAAAGCUGCACACGAUCCGCGUCCUCGACAACCCCUUUCCUGACAUCGUGCCGCGCAUCACGCGCGAGGAGAAGAAGGAGCAAGAGGCGGCGAAGAGAAGGGCAAGGGCUGAAGCUGCAGCUGGGGCUAAAAGGAGGGAGGAGAAGGUCAAAAAGAAUACGGGGCUGCUGAGCUUCGGGCUGGCUGAGGAGGGGGCAGGAGAAGAGGAGGAGAUUGAUCCGCGAUUCAAGGGAGGCGCCAAGAGUAGUCAUGAUCUGCUCAAAAACGACAAGAGGCUGAGAAAGGAGGCAGCUACGGCAGCGUCAGGGUCGAAGCCGUCGACGAGACCUGAGGCGUCGACGACAUCAUCAGCAACGCCAGACGCAGCUCCACACGACCCAUCGCAGCCAAAGAAGCGCAAAAAGUCUCAUCGCGACGAAGAGGCUGCCGCAUCCAUCCCAAUCGACCUGUCACUGCUGCGCUCUGGGUCAGACUCCUCUUCCACCCCUCAUUCAGCCGCCGCAGCGCAGAUUGAGGACCUCGAGGCCAGCAUCCGUGGCUUGACAAAGCGGUCCACCAAUGGCACGGACGAAGACGGGGAGAAGAAGAAGAAAAAAGAGAGGAAGGGCAAGGAGCUGCUUGAAGAGGCGCGAAGAAAGUACAAGGAGGCUGCGGCGAGGGGUAGAAGUAGCAGUAGCGGAAAGCGCGGGGCUGACGAUCGUGAGAAGGAGACGAUGGAUCUCUUACGGAAAUUCCAGGCUUCCUCUUCUGGCUCGUCAUCAAAAAAGGCAAGCAGAAGCAACGGGAGUGCAAAGCGGGAGGUUUCGCCUCGCAAAGAGAAGAUCGAGACAAACGAUGGGGAAGACGAAAUGGAAGCUGGUAUGCGGGAAUACGGAGCAAGCGACGACGAAGACACUGCUGCCCCUGGUCAGUCAUGGCGUUCGCACAUCUUCGACUAUGGCGGCAAGUCAGUCAACGAGUCCAAAUAUACGAUGGACAAUUACGUCACGCUCGACCCUCGCGAUACCUCUGGCAGUGCGGCUGCGAGGAUGGGCUUUGGUGGGGGGGAGGCGCAGAAGAGGGAGAGGGAGGAGAGGAUCAGAAAGGAGGGCAGGAAAGGGAGAGAUUGGGUCGAUGAAAGAUCGGGCGGCGGGCGAGACGGGAGAGGUGGAGGAGAUUGGAGUAGGAAAAGAGGGGACGAGGGGAGAAGGGAACGCAAUGUAAGAGAACGGCAGCAAGACGCCCCGCGCCCACGGGACAUAGAGCGUUGGUAGCGUACAAAGUGUACCGAAUAAUGUACGAUUAGCAAGGUGCAUUG